CCCACACACAUACAUUUCUUCUCCAACCAGCAAUCCCUUCAUACUUGCAUCAUAUCCUCUGUUUUUUCAAAUAUUUCUCCGACGAUGGCCGACAAGCGAACAGAGUUCCGGCUGCGGCCGGAGUUUCUCACCGAGGAUGACAUACUGAUGGACCCGUAUUUUUUUGAAAACCCCGUUGACAGGACUGUUCCCCGCCCGAACCCGGUCUUUUCUUCUGAGUAUUCCCAUGGACGGAGCUUCUGCUCCCUCGACUCUUCCCUGAGUUCCUUCGACAACGAGAGCGACGAGGACGAGUUUCUCAGCCGUUUAACUAGUCUGUUAAGACGGGCCUCCAUUGAGGAAGCUAACAAGUCAGUGCAUGCUCGGAACCCCUUGGAGAAGAGCUGGGUGCUAUCAGGGUCUCCACAGUCUACUCUGGCGCAAGUUGGUAACUGGACGGGUCGGAGCACUGGGUCAAGCAAUAGUAGCCCAAAUGGACCUUCCCAGGUUUCCUCUCCGACUGCUAUACCCGCGAGUGUUGAAAAUGACCCAUGGGAUCUGCUUUUCCGGGAAGCCGCUCAGUUAAACAGGGUGAAAUCGACCGCCGGAGAGAGCUAUUUCAGUAAUAACCGCUCGUUUCCGGAUCACUCUCACAUCUCCGGUGCUCACGUUAACCCGUUCCAUCAAAUCAGAGGGUUCGGAAUGAUGCAGCCCCAGUGCCCUCAAAUGUGGGCCCAGAAGGUAAACGACGGUUUUCUAGGCGGAAGACAGCUACCCCAAAAUCGAGGCGUACGGUUCGGGUUCGGGUCUGGCCCGGUCGUGGAAAACAGAAAGUGCGCCACAGCAGUGCCUGCACAGACAGCUGCAUGGCAUUCUCUGCCCCCACAGCAGCAAACCCAGUUCGGCGGGUCCGGUACGGGUACGGCGUUUGCCAGCCGAUCUGUGGUCGGUUUCAAACGAGAGUGCGCCGGCACCGGCGUCUUCAUUCCGAGAAGAUAUGACGCGAAUACUAACGCCAAACUUCCCGCUGAUCCUCGGAAAAUCGCUGCUAAAGUUGAUAAUGGUGUGAAGAAGAGCUUGGUUGAAGGGUACAAUGGCAUUUCUCGACCUCAGUUGCGGUCUUCUUCUAGCAGUAUACCCAUCUCAGACUACGACUUGCUGAUAGCAAGGAAGAAUGCAGAAAUUGUGGCAAAGAGGAUGAGGAGUUUGAGCACACCAGAAGUAGCCAUCAGCCCAGAAUUGAGACUUCCUCCAGAAUGGACCUAUUGACUUGAUUGUGCUUUUAUGGUAUUAGAAAUUAUGACUAGUAGUAGGUCCAAGUUUAAUGCUAUGGUAGAAGAAAGUGUUUGUUUCAUUUUCUAGAAAAUGAUUGAUAUUGGAAGUAGGCAGGCAGGGUGGAGGAAAUAAAUUAUACUACUAUUAUGAUAGUUUUGGGUUGUGAAAUAAAUGGGGGCUUUUGGAUAUUGAGAUUUAGAACAGGGGUUGUUUUUGUUAUGGCUGGGGGGAUUGCAAAUCUGCAGAGGAAGGAGGAUGAAUGUUAUGCAGAAUUGCAGAUUCCACCCCUGCCCUCCCCAGAAUAAGAAACACUGUGAUUAUUAUUGUAAUAAGAUUUGCUGGCCAUUUUAAUCCCUAUUUUUGUGUAAUUAUGGUUUCUUGAAAAGUACUACUGUCU